AUGGCCAACCCACCAAAACUUCACCUUUAUGACAUCAAUGCAAACAAACGGCAUGACCACGGAGCCUACAAUGAUUACCGGUCUCCGUCCCUGAAUUCGUUAUCGUCCCCUACCGAAACAUCACCUUUGACCUCUCCAUCUUAUAGGUCAAUGACGAGAUCGCCAAUACCAUCUCCGAUUCCAUCACCUCACAGUCCCACUGUGGAUGUAGAAGCCAGGCAGGAUAUAGAAUAUACUCGGGCUCCGGAUAUGUUUCCCUGUGGCCAUGUUCUUUGUCACAACUGUGUCAGGAAGUUCAUGCACCGACGUCAGAGAUACGGUUGUUCUCGCUGUCCAGUUUGCCAUCGCCGUCUCGAUGAUGAUUACGCUGUUGCAAGAGCCACUGGCCUUCCAACUUCUUCAUCAACACCUUGUGAAUCAUCAGUGCCCGCGCCCAAUAGUGCUUCCUAUCCAGAACCAUCUGAUCCUACCCCGAUAUCUCUUCUCAACAAUUUUGAUGAAAUAGUUGCCAAAUUUAAUGGGAUUCAGCAGAACCUGAGGCAGCUCAAGGAUGAAUCUGUGCAGUCCAAGUCCAUGGGCAUGACAUUUACCAACACCCAGUGUCACCUGUGCCUAGAGAACCAUGGCACUUUGAGGGUUGUUCAGGAGUAUAACCAGCUGAGUGUUCGGCAUGAGCGACCACAUGCCUGGAGCCCAUUCUUCUACAGACUGCAGCAAGGCAAGGUGGUGACUGAGUUCUACAGCCGAGUCAACUCCUCCUGUAUCUGUGUGCCGUGUACCUACAAGGAGUUGAAGGAACAGAACCUGCCCAACAUCCCAGCGCUGCCAGACAUCAACCCACAACAGAACACCCAGAUCUGUUUGGCAGAG